AUGUUCCUCUGCUUGUACAAAUCGGAUCUAAUUUUUAUUACUGAAACUUGGUUAACCACUAAAAUUUUGGACUCUGAGCUCGUUGGUAACCUGCCCUAUAAUGUCUACCGUUCGGACCGAUCCAUGAGAAGAGGAGGUGGGGUGUGCGUUCUUGUCAAGGCAUUUAUUAGUGCUCAAAUCGUUACUGGUGACAACGAUCUUAAAGCUGACUUACUCUCCGCUGAAAUUUUGUGUGCUGAUGAUUUGACGCAACUUCGUUUUAUACUCGUAUACCGACCUCCAAAUAGUUCUGCUGCUGAUGAUAAAAAACUUGUAGACGUACUUAGCGAUCUUGCGGUUAUGAAUCAUCAAACUAUUAUUCUCGGGGACUUCAAUCUACAUAUUAGAUUGGAUUAA